CCGAGUCAACGUUUCACAAAAAUAAAAAAAUAAAAUAAAAGUAUUUAUCGUGAAUGAGAGAGAAUUCCGGUUAGAUCAUUCUUAUAUUUCAAGUUUUUCCAGACCAAAACCAUACUCUACAAUUGUGUUACAGCUUAGAGUGUAGACAAAUCUUUUAGAUGGAUCACCAACCAGCGACACUCCCACCUCACAUACUCUUAUUUCCUGUGCCGAUUCAGGGCCAUGUGAACCCCAUGCUCAAGCUAGCCGAGCUUCUCUGCUUUCAUGACCUCCAUGUCACCAUGCUCAUCUCCGAGUAUUGUCACAGUCGCCUCCUACGCCACGGCAACAUCCAAUCUCGCUCCCUUCUCAAUCCUGCAUUUCGCUUCAAGACUAUACCAGAUGGCCUCCCCGAAGACCACCCGCGUGUUGGUGUACGAGCUUUGGAAGCUAUGCCCCCUAAUGUAACAGGACCGCUUUUCAGCGAGUUGAUGACAUCCACUAGUUGCCUGGCCUCUGAAACCCGGAGGCCGGUGACAUGCAUCAUAGCAGACGGGAUCCUGAGUUUUGUAGGCGGUUUCGCUUUAGAAAAGGGAAUACCAAUCAUUUAUUUUCCUUCCAUCAGCGCUUGCUCCUACUGGGCUUGUUUCUGUAUUCCCCAAAUCAUUGAAGCAGAUGAAAUUCCCUUGAAAGGAAAUGGCAUGGGCUUACUUGUAAAAAGCAUCCCGGGCACGGAAGGUUUUCUCCGGCGGCGCGACCUCCCCAGUAUUUGCCGUGCCAACGAUAUCAACGACCCACCUCUUCAAUUCAUAAAGACUGAGUGCAGAAAAAAUCUUGUAGCCCAUGCCCUCGUAAUGAACACCUUUGACGAAUUAGAAGGAUCCAUGCUCUCUCAUUUGCGCACUCACUUCCCUAAUAUAUACACCAUCGGGCCAUUGAACACACACCUGAGAACCAGACUCGCCACCGAGAUGACGACAUCCUCCUCCUCAUCCUCAACUUCUUCUGGUAGUUUUUGGGAAGAAGACCGGAACUGCUUGAGGUGGCUGCAUUCCCAGCCGUCCAAGUCCGUCAUCUACGUGAGCUUCGGAAGUAUCACUGUAAUGACAAGGGAGCAGUACAUGGAGUUCUGGUACGGUUUGGUGAAUAGUGGGCAGAGGUUCUUGUGGGUCAUAAGGCCUGACUUCAUUGCUGCCGGAGAAGAUGGGGAGAGUCAGAUUCCGGUGGAGCUGGAGGAGGGUACAAGGCAAAGAGGGUUCAUGGUAGGUUGGGCCCCACAGGAAGAGGUGUUGGCACACCCUGCUAUUGGUGGAUUUCUGACCCACAGCGGGUGGAAUUCAACAAUGGAGAGUAUAACUGCUGGAGUGCCGAUGAUUUGUUGGCCUUACUUUGCGGACCAAAUGGUUAAUAGUAGGUUAGUGAGUGAGGUUUGGAAGCUUGGUUUGGACAUGAAAGAUACGUGUGAUCGAGUCACGAUUGAGAAGAUGGUUAGAGAUCUGAUGGCAGUGAGGAAGGAGGAGUUCCAGCAACACGUGGAUCAGACGGCAAAGAUGGCUAAGCGAGCUGUGAGUGAGGGCGGAUCAUCAUACUGUAAUUUGGACCGUCUAAUUCAGGACAUAAAAUCGAUGAUUGUGGUGCCGCAUCGUAGCUCCGAACGCGAAUUAACGCUUUGAUCGAGAGCGGGUGCGGCUGCAAUUCGCGAAUUCAUAUUUCAAAUUCGCAUAUGGAGAAGUAGACGAUGUUUUUUGCUUCUGACGAAAGGAAAAAAACAGAAGAAGAAUGAUUGUUGUAGGCUUGGUGAAGCUUGAGGUACAUAAAUACAUCAAAGAAAUUCUCCAAUCCAAAGACUUGAGAACUCGAAUAGAAGCUAAAAUCACCCUAAUUGAAUGGGAAUGGUAGAGAAUCAUCGGCCUCCACCUAGACGACCAGAUUGAUUCGUCCUCUUCUAACCAUGGCUUAUCGCUUGCCAAGUUUGAUAUAUCCCACCGCUGUGCCCUACGUUUGUUGAGGUUGAGUGGUUUGUUUGGUGCUAUAUGCAUAUGCAUUUAGACGAUGUUUUCUUGGGCCUCUUGUUUUUAGGUCUUUAUUGUUGGCCUUGUUUUGUUCUAAAUGUAUUCUCUCAUUGGCC